AUGUAUUUUGUCAUUAUCGCCGAAUCGACGUCGCCGAAACGGCAGCGUCGAAAAUACCUAUCGCCGAUACGGCAGCGCCGAAAAGUCCCAUUCCCUAUUAUUCGAUUUCUCGGAUUUUGAUAUGUGUGCAAAUGUAAUUUUCGCUCCAUAUAUUUUUACUUAAAAACAAUGAAGCUUAAACAAAAUUAAAGUUCAACUAUUUUGAACACAAACGUUGUUGUGUUGCUAAUGAGGGUUCAAUAGGAUUAUAAUAUUUAUAUUAGGGGGUCAUGAAAAUCAAUCAAUGUUCUAAACAGCGUACUAUAUGUAUAAUUGCGUAUAGUAUUUAUUUAUAAAAUUGUCCUCCACUGAAUAAUUACAAUUUAUAGUAAGUAAUCAUUUACUCAGUUAGUUUACAUUCGUAGAUUUAAUAAAUGACUUUAUAACAAAGGCAACUAAUUAUAAAGUAUGUUUAUAUAUUUAGCGUAUCACAGAAAACUUAAAGACGGUUUUAAAGAUAUCACUGAAUUGAAAAAUCAAGAAUCUAAUUACGUUAGAAAUUUUAAAAGAGCUUAUGACGCAACAAAGAAGGCAUAUGAAGCAGUUGAAGAGUUUGAAAACUAUGUAAACAAAUCUCUAAUAAAUAAAAGUACUAAGGAAGAUUACGAAAAAAAGAAAAAUGAUGCAAUACAGGAAUACCUACAAAAUCAAAUGCCUGAAUUAAAUUCUGCUGAUGUAAAUUGGGGUGGAAAUACUGAAAAUACACCACCCAGAUACGUAUUUGAAAAUUAUGAACUUUACGUCAAUCCAACAGAAGAUAUCUAUUACAUGUCUAACGUAAAGCAGGCUGAACAUGAUUCUAUUGAAAAAAGAACGAAAGGUACCUGUUAUGCAUUAACCGAAACAGAAUAUUAUGAUGUAAUUUUAAGUAAGUAAUUACGUUUUUUAAGUUCUAUCAUUAUUGUUUAAGCAUCAACAACAAGGUUAUUACUUUAUUAGUUACUUAUGGCUAUUGAUCGUGGUAUUGCAUGAGCAGGUUAUGGUCCAGCUCAUUGUUGUUUCUUAUUAAACAAAAAACAAUAAAAAAACAUGUUUAGCAUGCAAACACGACUUAAGCGCAUUUAUACUUGUGACUUAAUAUGACUUGCGAGU